CCGGCCCUCAGCCCCGCCUUCUGCGCCUCUGCCGGACGCGGUUGCCCUCGGAUCCGCCGCCGCGGGGCGCUGCGGCUGCCCCGCCCCCGCCGCCGCUGCCACCGCCCCCCGGUCCGUCCGUCAGUCAGUCAGUCACGGAGCGCGCGGCGCGGGAGCUGCCGGCGCUCGUUACGUCUCCGGGAAGGGAGCGCCGCGCCUGGUAGGAGGCGGAGGCGGCGGCUGGAGGAGCGCUAGCGGCGGCUGCCGUGCCCGGGGCUGCGACGGGAGCCGGGGCCGCCGGAGGGCCGAGCGGCUGCUGCGAUGGAGCAGCUAUCAGAUGAAGAAAUUGACCAUGGUGCUGAAGAAGACAGUGACAAGGAAGAUCAGGACCUGGACAAAAUGUUUGGAGCUUGGCUUGGGGAACUAGACAAACUCACUCAGAGUUUGGAUUCUGACAAGCCCACGGAACCAGUAAAAAGAUCUCCCCUUCGCCAGGAAACAAACAUGGCCAAUUUUUCAUAUCGCUUCUCCAUAUACAACUUGAAUGAAGCUCUGAAUCAGGGAGAGACUGUGGAUCUGGAUGCCCUGAUGGCUGAUCUUUGCUCUAUAGAACAGGAGCUCAGCAGUAUUGGUUCAGGAAAUAGUAAGCAUCAAAUCACAGAAAUGAAAGCUACUCAGAAAUUACCUGCUGGCCGGCAUACAUCAAAACAUGGCACCUUGAAAGGAUUAUCCUCUUCAUCUAAUAGGAUAACUAAACCUUCCCAUGCCAACUACUCCCUGGACGACAUCACUGCACAAUUAGAACAGGCCUCCUUGAGCAUGGAUGAGGCUGCUCAGCAGUCUGUACUAGAAGAUACUAAGCCCUUAGUAACUAAUCAGCACAGAAGAACCGCAUCAGCAGGCACAGUGAGUGAUGCUGAAGUGCGCUCUAUUAGUAACUCCUCUCGUUCUAGCAUCACUUCUGCAGCCUCCAGCAUGGACUCUUUGGAUAUUGAUAAAGUAACACGCCCUCAAGAACUGGAUUUGACACCUCAGGGGCAGCCAAUUACUGAGCAUGCUCUUUCUGUGAGAUGUCCCAGCAAGCAGGCCAGGCAUCAUACAGACUUCACAGAAGAACAGGCUGAACUGACACCUCACUCCUAUCUGGACAGGGAAACCUCCCUUCUUCUGAGAAACAUUGCAGGAAAACCUUCUCAUUUGCUGACCAAGGAAGAACAGGCAGCAAAAUUGAAAGCUGAGAAGAUUAGAGUUGCCCUAGAGAAAAUUAAAGAGGCACAAGUGAAAAAGCUGGUGAUUAGAGUUCACAUGUCUGACGACAGUUCUAAAACAAUGAUGGUGGAUGAGAGGCAGACAGUGAGACAAGUGCUGGAUAACCUGAUGGACAAAUCCCACUGCGGUUAUAGUUUAGACUGGUCACUGGUGGAAACCAUUUCUGAGUUACAAAUGGAGAGAAUCUUUGAAGACCAUGAAAAUUUGGUUGAAAAUCUCCUUAAUUGGACAAGAGAUAGCCAAAACAAGCUUGUAUUUAUGGAACGUAUUGAAAAAUAUGCACUUUUCAAAAACCCACAGAAUUAUCUUCUGGGGAAAAAGGAAACAGCUGAGAUGGCAGAUAGAAACAAAGAAGUGCUGUUGGAGGAAUGUUUUUGUGGAAGUUCUGUGACUGUACCAGAAAUUGAAGGAGUCCUUUGGUUGAAAGAUGACGGCAAGAAGUCCUGGAAAAAACGUUAUUUUCUCUUGCGAGCAUCUGGUAUCUACUAUGUCCCUAAAGGAAAAGCAAAGGUCUCUCGAGAUCUGGUGUGCUUUCUCCAGCUGGAUCAUGUCAAUGUUUAUUAUGGCCAGGACUAUCGGAACAAAUACAAAGCACCUACAGAUUACUGUCUGGUGCUAAAGCACCCGCAAAUCCAGAAGAAAUCUCAAUACAUCAAAUACCUUUGUUGUGAUGAUGUAAGGACCCUGCAUCAGUGGGUCAAUGGGAUCCGCAUUGCCAAGUACGGGAAGCAGCUCUACAUGAACUAUCAAGAAGCCUUGAAGAGGACAGAGUCAGUUUAUGAUUGGACUUCCUUAUCCAGCUCCAGCAUUAAGUCAGGAUCCAGUUCUUCCAGCAUCCCAGAGUCUCAGUCAAAUCACUCUAAUCAGUCUGAUAGUGGAGUUUCUGACACCCAGUCAGCAGGACACGUCCGUUCCCAGAGCAUCGUGAGCUCCAUCUUCUCCGAAGCCUGGAAACGAGGCACUCAGUUGGAAGAGUCCAGCAAGGCCAGAACGGACUCUCUGAAUCGGCCCUACACUUCCCUUAUGCCUCCUUUAUCCCCACAACCUAAGAUAGUCACCCCCUACUCUGCUUCACAGCCUUCUCCUCCUCUACCUCCCCCGCCACCUCCACCUCCUCCCCCCCCUCCACCUCCUCCUCCACCUCCUCCCCCUCUCCCCAGCCAGUCUGCACCUUCUGCAGGCUCAGCAGCCACGAUGUUUGUCAAGUACAGCACAAUAACAAGGCUGCAGAAUGCUUCUCAGCAUUCAGGGCCCCUCUUUAAGCCGCCGCCACCCCCAGUGAUGCAGCCUCUGCCCUCAGCCUCCCCAUCAGGAAAGCCUCAGAUCCUGGUGCCCCCCAGUGGAGUCGUUCCCCCACCCCCUCCCCCACCCCCACCCCCCACCCCCGGCUCAGCCAUGGCCCAGCUAAAGCCAGCACCAUGUGCCCCAUCCCUUCCACAGUUCAGCCCCCCACCACCUCCACUGAAGAUUCAUCAAGUUCAGCAUGCUACUCAGGCGGCCCCUCCAGCACCCCCACCACCUCCUGUCACACCGACACCCCUCCCUCCCCAAGCCCCACCCAAACCCCUCGUGACCAUUCCCCCACCAGCCAGCACCAAGACUGUGUCACCCAUUGUAACACAAGCCGCACCAACAACUCCUCCAGUCCCCCCAGCAAAAAAGCAGGUAGCCUUCCCUGUUUCUCACAUUCCACCCUCUCCCCCAGGGUCAGUGCCCCCACCGACAUUACCCAAGCAACAGAGCUUCUGUGUAAAACCCCCUCCCUCCCCACUGUCUCCGGUGCCCUCUGUCGUGAAGCAGAUAGCCAGCCAGUUCCCCCCACCUCCAAUCCCUCCUUCCAUGGACUCUCAGCCCUUGAAGCUGGUCCCAGCAAAUGUAGCUCCUCAGUCCCCUCCUGCUGUGAAAGCAAAACCCAAGUGGCAGCCCAGCUCCAUCCCUGUCCCUUCUCCGGAUUUCCCUCCUCCUCCUCCUGAAAGCAGCCUGGUGUUUCCUCCACCACCACCACCACCAGCCCCAGCCCCAGCCCCAGCCCCACCACCAUCAGAGCCACCCAUGGCUUCUCCUACCCCUGACAAAAGUGGAUCUCCAGGCAAAAAGACCAGUAAAACAUCCAGCCCCGGGGGAAAGAAACCGCCCCCAACCCCACAGCGCAACUCCAGCAUUAAAUCCAGUGGUUGUGCAGAACACCCCGAGCCCAAGAGACCCUCGGUAGACAGUCUAGUCAGCAAGUUUGCACCACCAGCAGAGUCCGGCUCUCCCAGCAAGGACACCCUGCCCCCUCCUGCAGCACCCCCCAAACCUGGAAAACUAAAUCUUUCUGGAGUUAACCUUCCCGGAGUUCUCCAACAAGGAUGUGUGCCAGCAAAAGCCUCUGUUCUGAGUGGGCGUGGAAAAGACUCCAUAGUGGAAUUUCCUUCUCCUCCAUCGGAUUCUGACUUUCCACCCCCUCCACCUGAAAUAGAGCUUCCUCUGCCCCCCAUAGAGAUUCCAGCAGUGUUCUCGGGAAACACCUCUCCAAAAGUGGCAGUUGUGAAUCCUCAACCACAGCCGUGGUCUAAAACGUCAGUGAGGAAGGCCCCUCCACCCACAAGACCCAAACGGAAUGACAACACCCGCCUCACUCAAGCAGAGAUCUCUGAGCAGCCAGCAAUGGCCACAGUUGUGCCACAAGUGCCCACCUCUCCCAAAUCCAGCCUUAGCGUCCAGCCUGGAUUCUUGGCUGACCUCAAUAGGACACUGCAACGGAAGUCCAUCACCCGGCACAGCUCACUGUCUUCCUCUCGCAUGUCCAGAGCGGAGCCCACAGCCACUAUGGAUGAUAUGGCAUUGCCCCCGCCACCUCCUGAACUGCUGUCUGAUCAACAGAAGGCUGGUUAUGGAGGCACUCACAUAUCAGGCUAUGCAACACUGCGGAGAGGACCCCCUCCUGCUCCCCCCAAAAGAGACCAGAACACCAAGCUCUCCAGAGACUGGUAGCUACCACAGGACUUUUAUUUUCAUAUCUAUAAUCAGUUCUACAAUCAGCCCACCUGAGCAUCUGUGAACUCGGGUGUUCAGAGCCUCCUGGUAUGAUGUUAUUCAGGUCAUGUCCAACUAUUAUGUAUGUGUGUACAUGUGCUUGUGCACACAUAGCUAUACGUUGUGUGUAUAUGUAUGCAUAUAUGUACGUGUAUGUGUAUAUAGAGAGCUGAGAGUGCUUCUAUUUAUUCCUUUUCUCUCCUAAUCUGAAAAUGGGUUUUGUGUAUUUUUGAGUGGAAGAGGCAUGGAAGGGGGAUGUGUGUUCUGUCCCUUAUUUCUUUUAUCUAUCAUGUGGAUUGGACCAAAAGCUUCUAAUUACUUAUCUAGAAGGUAUUUUAUCAGUGUCUGUCCAUGUGCAGCCUGUUUGUGCAUGUUGCGUAAUAUGUAAUUAAGGAGUAGAUGUAUGUGCUGUUUCUCAGUUUGAGAAAACCACCAGAAUGUUAGAGUAUCUCUAGGGCUUUUGUGUUUGUUUUUCACCCCUGUUGGCUGAAGUUAGAACUGCUUGACUGACACUUCAUUACUAUACAUAAAAGGGCACUUUAAAUCAGGAAAAUCUCUCAGCUUCAUAGAAUGGGUCUGUGUGUGGUUGUGUGUGCAUAGAAAGUAAGUACAUGGUGUAUUUAAACCAUUCUAGUUGCAGUACUACUGCAAUGAUCCUACAACAUCCAGGGUGUGUUUUCUCACAGGUGAGCUCUUUGCCUACAAUACAUGGAUAAUUUAGUACUAUAAUCCUGGAUAAUUCCUUUUUAGUACUGGCUUCAUUAUCCUUGCUUUGAUUUGUUGUGAGAGAACGUCCAACACAAUAUCCCUGUAAUGAUCUGUCCCAGUAUGUCUUUGGGUCGGUCACCAGUUACCUUCUUAUAGCGUGGUUUACGUAGAUAUUGAUAUUAGAUAUCUGUAGGCAAUUGGUAUAUGAAAUAUACACAUCCUUGUGCCCAAUAUGGUGCACCAUUACGAAAAACAAUAUCACCUUCUGAAAUGCCUGUCUUGUUUAUUGCUCUCUAGAAGGAGGCAUGAUGAGAAAAGAACUGGCCCCUGUGCAAGUGUCAUUAAUCAGGUUGUAUGUGGGUUAUAAUAUGUACUACAAAGAAUUCAUUAAAUAUAGGACUAUCAUGGAUGGAAAGAAAAUAAAUGAAAUUUUUGACAGUUCAUCUAUGGCUACUGGAACUGCCAGGACCCUUGCUGGUCGUGGAGAUUUGUCUAGGUUACCAGGUGUUCUGAUGGAGUAGUGUAUAGUCCAAGUACAGUAAGUGACAUUACACUUUACACAUUAUGCAUGUGCAAUUUGGUAUAACAUGAAAUCAUUGCUCUAAUGACCCACCGUACUUCUAUAUGCUUCACAUUAUACUUCUAUAUGCUUUUUUUUCUGUGCAUUUUCCUUGGUACAUCUGAGAAAUGUGUACUUGUCUCAUCAAUUUAUGAUGAUAAAUUGACUGUUAGGAAUAAAAUGCAAUCUUAGAGCUACUCUUAAACAAGAGAAUAAAAACUGGCCAUCCCAGCAAUUGUAAAUGAGCACAUCUUGUAAUGAAAGUCUAUGCGUGCUGUGAAUAAGAAUUACCAAUGCAAACUGCAGAAAUCUUUUGACAAUGUCCCACAAGGAAAAAGUGAUGCCAGUAAAGCAGGGCAGAGAUGAUAUAAUUCAGGAAUAAACAAAAGUUGUACUGUGUACACAAGGUAUCACUAUAACUCACUCUCCAAGAAAGAACUGCAGCUUAAAGAGAGGAUAAGCGGCACCUCUCCAUUGCCAUAUCUCCAGGAUGUAGUUCAGUGUAUUCAUGUGGUGAUGGGACAGUAAGAAUACAUAUACCACUGUGUAUUUUUUUUAAAGCCCUGCUUCUUUAAGAGAUAUUUUUGGAUUUUUCAGAUUGUUCACAAAGUUUUGUGUGCUUGAUAUGCUUAUGAAGUAACCUUGAACACAUUUGCAUUGUUAAUUUCAGCAUGCACAGCAAUACGGGUAGUUGGGAGUACAGGUUGCCAAGCUCCACAGUGAUUUGUGAGUGAAUUAAUUUCCCAUGGUCUUCUGCCUGCAGCUUUAUAUUCUAAGGAUCACCCAUAACUUGUGGGAUUAAGAGUAAUUAAGAAUAUGAAUCCACUUAUCUAACUAUUCAUCCUAGGGUUUGAGUUUUUUGUUUUGUGUUUUGUUUUUUCUAUAAAGGUGGACAACUUCAACUUUACUUGAGGGUAGAAAAAUAAUGUGCCCCCAGUCUUCUUUCACCCAUGAUUUGAGCCAUUCUUGGGAUUUCUUGCUUGUGUCAGUCCUGAUAGCCAUCCUGAACAGAUGUGUCUGGUGUAUUUUCCUGGAAGAGCUAACAAAUGUCCUUUUGAAUGCUAGUGAUGCCAAGGAGAGAGCAGGGCGAGAGGAGGGACUAUGUCGUUUUUACCUCCAGUCCAAUGGCCUGACAAAAGGCUGUUUCCCUUUACAUUUCUCCAAAGACAGAAAUGGCUACUAAGCAAAAAGAAAUUUUUUUAAUUUUGUUUUUUCUUAAUCAAAAUAACCCAAACUGAUACUUUAUAGUGUUUUUAUUCCCUAGGGCUUUUUUUCUUUAAUUUGGAUUUCUGUUAGGAUGUAGUCUUUUCCUGAGACUACUGUUUUUGUGUAUCUUUUUUCUCUGGUGUGUUCAUGGAAAACACCUACUGCCAGAUGACACUAGGACUGUGCCUUCUUUCACUGCCUUCUGCUCUGCAGCUCUAACUCAGCAUAACUUGUUCAAAAGAAAUCUAUAUAGUUGCCUGGGCUAUACGGAAAAGUGAGCAGCACAAAUGAACUCAUCCUGCUACUGAGGGCAGUGCAAACAGGUGCCUAUUAGAGCUAGUGACUUGCUUAUUAAUUAGAGACACCUUAAUUUUUACUAUAGAUCAAUUCAAAAUUAGAUGACUCUAUACUUAAAGUUUUGGCACCAACUCUGCAAGGCAGCAGAACCUAUUCUUGGUUAAUGAAACCACUUACUUCAGGUUCAUAGGUUCAAUAUAAAAGACUAUUCUGGAUUGAAUUUUACCAGCUUGACUUAUACUACUCAAACAAAUUUAAAUACCCCUUUUUUCCUUAGCUACUGUAAUUCUCACUUGGAAGACAGUUAAGACUUCGGGGCUUUUUAAAAUGAAAAACAUUGCUGGCUAUCAGGUGCUCCUGCCCACUGAUGGCAUAUUCUGCAAAGGGCUAUGAACUAUCUUCGUUCCCCUCUAUGUAUGUUUACUUGUCACUGAAAACAAUGCUAAGUUUAUACAGAAAGUUAAAAUUGAGGUUUAUGAGAUCAAGGUUAAUAGGAGCUAUGCAUCUAAUUCAAGUUUCAGAAGCUGCUACUGUGGGAGAAUACAACUGCUAAUGAGCUUGUGUCAGGAUGUAAAGUUAUAAAUUAGCCUCAAAAAUAUUUCAGGAAAUGGUGUGGAUUGGUUUGAUUUGACUGUCAGGCCACCAACAGAACCCUUAGUCAACUUUAUUCCUCAGCUAAAAGCAAUUUUAUGUUAUAAACACAAAGGUGAUUUUAAAUAAGUAAAAAACUCAUUUCUAUUUUUAUACACUACCAUAUUUUUUCAUAUACCUCCAAAACUGACAAAUUAUAACUGAUAUCUCAGAGAUUUUAUUCAAGUUUAUACCAAUUAAACCCAUAUAACCCUGUAAUGAUUGUAAGUGUGGUAACUUGCUUUUAAUAAAAUAGGUAUAAUAAUUUGGGUUUAUAUACUUGAUGAGAAAAUGACUAUUUCUUUAAAAAAAAUUCCCUUUAAAGUACACUUUGAUUUUUGUUUUAUACACUUUACAUUAUUUGUAUAAAAGCAGAAUAUCCCUAACUCUGUAAGAAUGUAUGACCUCUCACAAAGUUGAGAUGUGAUCCGAGGAAUUGCAAGCAGAACAGAAUAUCCCACUACUUUUUAAAUUUUUCCUUUUAAAAUUCAAUGAGAACAUUUCUACACCUUUAGCAGUCUAUCUCUCAAACAAAACAAAUGCUUAGUUCUUGUGCCCUUGGGAAGUCUAUAUGUAAAAGAAAUAUGAAAUUUUGCUGUAGAAUAAACUUGCUAAAAGUAAAACAACAUACUUGAUAAACAGAUGAAGAGAAAAAAUUUCUCUAAUUGGUUUGCUCUUUGCUUGUUGAAUAAAACCAUUUAGACGAGAAAACAAUAUUUGCUGUAAUCCCCUGUGCCUUGAACUCUUUAGGAGGAACAGCAUUUAAAAAAUAAAAAAAUCCAACAAGCAAACUUUGAGGUGCUAAUGAAAGUGAAGGAAGCUAUUUCUAGUUUGAGCAAUGGGAUUAGAAAUGGAAAAAGUGACUCACAAGAGAUGGCUUCAUCUACCUAAACGGGGUCUGUCUACUUUCUACCAAAGACGUUCAGAGAAGUGAAUCAAGUCAGGCUGAUGGUAAAUACUGCAUAUUUAAAAGAUGGCUGAAUUCAGAAGAGACUCUGUGUUUAUCAUGGAUGGCUAUUAAUACCAAGCUUGAAGCUUCAACUUCUUAGGCAGUAAAACAUCUGCAGCACUUGUUGGGGGGGGCUGGGACUUAGAUUUUGGAAACUGUCCAUUGGUCAUUAAACUUAUUGUAACGUAAUACCAAAAACUGCCAUUUUUCAUGAUUCCCCACCUCCUAAUUUUUUUUCUCAAUUUGUAAAUAAUACCUCCUAGAAAAUAAGCAUUAACUGGAAUGUGUCAACUGAUUUUAAUUUUAUCAUCAGCUACUAGUGAACUCUUCUUAUAGAAAUGUACAUUUGAGAUAAAAUACUAGCUUGUGCAACGUGUUGUAAAAACAUGGUUUACUGUUUUAAAGGAAAAUUGCACAUUAUGUUUAACUGGGAUUGCUCCGUCCCUCCAUUUCUUUAAAAAACAGUCAAGGCUCACACUGACUUCUAGGCUGUGUGAGCUUUGCCAUAAAUAGUAAAUAGGUACAAUUUAGGGAAAUACUUUUUUAAAGCAUGAAAAAAGACAAAAGAAACUGCAUUAUAAAAUACUGGAUAGAGACUGUUAUUCAAAGGAUUAUGCACAGCUUAUUGAAGAUGAAGUUACGAUUUUUCUUUCAGCUUCGUUGCUAUUUUCUUCUGCAUAAAUGUACACUCAUUUCAUUAUGUGCCUUGCUCCCUGAUUGUGCAAAGCUAUAAAUAUAGAGAUAUAUAUAUGAGAGAGAGAUAUUCAGUACUACUGACCAUGUUUCUGAUCUACUGCUGGAUUAAGUUAUUUUCCAAGUUACUCUUGCCAGUUACUGUCAGUAAACUAUUGUAAUGGCUUAGAAUGGUAGUCACACAGUCAGUGUAAAUUUGUUUUUCAGUUACAUGUUUUCAUUGUGUCAGCUUACCUGAUCCUUAAUUAAAAAAAAUUUUUUUUAAA